AUGAAUGUAGCAAGAGCUGCUCAGAAGUGGCAACUGCGCAAGGGUAUGGUUGUUGUGGUUGCCAGCAACUUUGCCGCGCAACGUGUGGCGGCGGCCUGUGGCUUUCGAGUGCUUUGUGUGCUACCCAGGGCCUUCCAACAUCCCGAGCGGGGCUUGGUGGACACGGUGCUGCUGUUCAAUGACCUGAGCUGCGAUAAAGGGUUGGUAGCACCAGUGCCACGGCGUUCGGUAGCAGCGGUAGCAAGCUGUGCCAGCCGCCCGUGCAGAGCUGAGGUGGUGAAAGUGGUGUGCAGCCAGAGUCCCAGCCACGUCGCGGCCAUUUCUGCCGUGGUUUCCGCAGGGUCUGAGGCAAACCUGCGGGAUGACCCGGAUGACCUGCAAGAAUUAGGGUGCACUUGCAGCCCUGUGGGGCUGAUCCGAGAGGUCAACGCUCUCAUGAGCGACCACCUGGGUGCCUCCCGGGAUCUGACGGUGGAUACUGUGCAGCGGAUCGAACAGUCCAUGAAGCGCCUGGAGGUCAACAUGACGCGAGAGUACGGAGAGCUCCGCAGUGAAUUGGGGAAGGUGAAGGAGAUCGUCGUUGGAGUCUCCGCACAGGUUGACAGCGAAUCGCAAGCAGUCCAAAGCCACAGCCAGCAGCAGACCUCGGACCUCGAGGGUCGCUUUCUGCAGCAGCUCAGCAGCGUGCGGUCGGAGGUGGAUGCGCAGAUCACGGGAAGUUCCGAGAAGUUGCUCGGUGCCUUGGGACGGCUGCAGGAUGAGACCUUGAGAGGCAAUGAAGGCAUCACCACGGUCAUCAGUAUGGAGAAACAGCUGAAAUCCAUCGCGGACAAAAUCACCACUGAAGUCUCCAUCUUGCAACAGCAAGAUGACCAGCACUACGUGGGCCUAAACGAGUCGUUUGACAUCAAGAUUGCGAAGCAGGAGCAGCAGCUUGUGGCCCUGGUCCAGCAUUCCGAGAGCACGCUCUCGCUGCCGCAGGAUGUGAACCGAUUGAGGCGGAAGGUGAACGAAGACGUGCGCCUGGUGUUGGCUGAGAUUACCCGGGUGCAGAAGGCGUUGCAGGUGGAUUACCUGCCGCCCACCAAGGGCAUGCGCUCAGGAAGCCGAAAGUUGAGUGACCCGCAUCGAGACCCUCAUCGGCGGGGCUCCAGAGACGAGACGGAUAAAGACACGCAGAAAGCAGCCACAGUGGCCAUCGUGCAACUGGCUGAACCGCUGGACCGCGCCAAGCCGGGCUCGAACGGCUCAACGAAUGGCUUGAGCUCGCAAACGAGCGCAGACUUCAAGGACUUCAAGGAGAACGUCAAGCUGCCGCCGCCGAAGACCUCGAAGUUCGCCCGCCUGGCGCAGCAGGCGAGCGCCGCCUCACGGGCCGCUGACCUUGAAGCGGAUCUGUUGGACGAUGCGCCCGACUCCUCGGAGGCUGAGAAACGCUUUCGAGACUUUGGGAUCCAAGCAGAGGCACUGACGAAAGACAAUGCGUCGCAGACGGAUGCAUCAUGGAAUGAGUUGGCAAUGGAAAAACUGAGACAAGAAAAGAAAAAGAAGAAGAAGGCUGCGAAUACCAAAGAGGAGGUGGUGAAUCAGCAGAGAAGUCGUGCUGCGAACCUCACACCCAUCGACAAGUUGAAGGAGAAAGCAACUGCCGCUGCCAUGAAGAAGCAGUACAACGUCUUUGACUACUACAGGGACGAAGGAUGUGCGCAGCGCAUCGCACGGCAUCCUUUCUUCGACAAUCUCACCAUCUUGGUGGUCAUGGCCAACUCAGUGUGGCUCGGGGUGGAUGCUGAUCUGAACCAGGAGGCAAUCCUGUUCAAUGCCCAUCCUGCCAUCAUCGUUGGAGAGAACUUCUUCUGUGUGUACUUCACGCUGGAGAUCAUCAUUCGCUUCAUGGCUUUUCAGCGGAAGCUCAAUGCCUUCAAGGACUUCUGGUUCAAUUUUGAUUGCUUCUUGGCCAUCCUAAUCAUCGUAGAGACCUGGGUCACACCCGUGAUGUUGCUGGCGGCUGGCGGCUCUAGUGGUCUACCGGAGGGGACGGUGCUGUUGCGCCUCAUCCGUUUGGUUCGCCUGGUGAGGCUCACCCGGCUCACCAGAUUGUUGCGAUCCUUCCCAGAGUUGAUGAUCAUCGUGAAAGGUUUGACCUUCGCGGCCAGAUCUGUCUGUGUUUUCUCCCUGCUGUGGUUUAUCAUCACUUAUGCCUUCGCCAUUAUUCUGAGACAGCUCACAGAGGGCUCAAGUAUCGGUGAUGCAUUUUUCAAAUCAGUGCCCGAGUCCAUCAACAGCUUGUUGUUACCUGCAGUCUUCGGAGCAAAUGCUGACGUGAUCAACUCCAUCACAGUUGGGAAUCCUGGGUUGUGGCCCAUCAUGGUCUUUUUCAUGGCCUUGGUCUCAGUCACGAUCAUGUAUAUGCUCCUGGGCGUUUUGGUGGAUGUCAUUGGAGCUGUAGCCUCCACCGAGAAGCAAAAGAUCGAGAUCACCUUCAUUGUGGGACAGCUUAGGGAAGAGCUUGAGAAGCUGAACAUCAUCCCGGAGGCUAUGGAGCUGAACCAGGUUGACUUUCAGAAGCUCGUCCUGGAGCCGGGGAUUGUCCGUGUCAUGCACGAGUCCGGCGUGAACGUAGAGGUGUUGGCCGAAAUGUUGGACCUAGUCUGGGAAGAUGCUGCGAAGACCUCGCAGAACAUCACCUUCUCCGAUUUGGUGAACAUGGUCCUGGGAAUGCGGGGCUCCAACCCUGCCACGGUGAAGGAUUGCAAGGAGCAGAUCCGGGUCACCAACAGUUUGAUCAAACGCUGCUUCGGCGAUUUGUACGACGAAUUGGAUCAGAAAUUCCAGCAAAUGCGAACGGAGAUACAAAACAGUCUGGACAACGAUGCGGACUACGAUGAUGAGGAUUACGACGUGACACAGUCCGCACAGUUCGAAGUCAUGGACGUGGAAGCUGUGGAUCUGUCGCAUUUGGGUACGUUGAACUCGACGGUUGGACAAUGAAAGAAGCAAGGGCUCCGAGGGUUUGUACAAAAGUCAACUUGCAACAGGAAUUUGUUGCCCCGUUUAAGAGCCAACACAGAAUGACAAAUGUUGCUCAUUGUUCUUU